AAGUCGUUUAAAAGUGAAAAUAUCUUGUCAAAAUCUGUAAGUGAAUUUAUUAAGACUCAAAGAUGUGGAGAGUUUGCCCGAUGUUCUCUGGUAAAUACAUGGAUUUCGAUAUGAUCCGACGACAACUCGCGGAGGUCAAAAGUAUUCCCAUUAGGGACGCCGUUCAAAGGGUUAUCGAUGUACCAAAAUGUCAUAAACCGAAUGUUGAACAUCUCGUAAUGUUAAAUGAAAGCAUCAAAAGUCUGUACGAAGAAAUACGUCUAAUCAUUACGGAAGAAUGGGAAACCAUCAUGAUUCAUCUCAUUACAUGCAAGAUGGAAGAAACAGUCAGACACAGUUUUCUAGAUGAUUCGACACUGUAUCCUACAAUGAAUGCUGCAAUGAAAGCCUUGCAGUCACGAGUAGAUUGUGUCAAGGAAAGUAGUAAAAAAAGUUAAUCAAAUGACAUGAGUCUAUCAAAUGACACUAGUUCAUCGCAUUGAAUUAGAACAAACAAUUUGUUAUAUUUCACACUUAAAUAAUUUUAUACAAUUAAAUUUGAAUUCAUAAAAUUACACAUAAUUGGAAAUCAGUAAACUUUAUGUGUAUUUUUAUUAAUAUUGAAACAUUAUGUAAA